UAUGAAUUUUUUUUGGGUUUAAUCCUAACCUAAUCUCUUUUAUAAACCUUCCUAUUUCUUCAAUUUUCAGCUCUAAACCCAAAAUAACUAACAACAGAAACUAUGUUUCCGUUGUUUGGUUAUUAUUCCUUCCUCUUCUUCUUUCUUUUUCUCUGUUUUUUUCCACUUCCUGGUUUUCCCGCCAGAAUCACACCGGAACAAAUAACGGUCAUAACUACCGAUACUCACAACGCCACGUGGCAUAAUUUCACUCGCUUUAAAGACGCCGAGAAGGGAAGCCACAUCAGCGGCAUGUCGGAACUCAAGAAAUACUUCCAACGUUUCGGUUACCUCUCGAUUCCCGACAACCAAAACGGCAACUUCACUGACGUUUUCGAUACCCAAUUCGAAUCCGCAGUUAUGUUAUACCAACAGAAGCUCGGGUUACCUGUUACAGGCAAGCUCGAUUCCGGCACAAUAUCAGCAAUGAUGUCCCCCAGGUGCGGCGUUUCGGACACCGCCCCGAGAAUUCAUUCAACGAAACAUUUCGCCUAUUUCUAUGGAAGGCCAAGAUGGGAACGUGGAUCGCCUAUGACUUUAACGUACGCUUUUUCGCCGUCUAACAUGAUCGAUUACAUAAGCUUAUCGGAAAUAAGAACAGUUUUUAAACGCGCGUUUUCGAGGUGGGCUUCGGUGAUUCCUGUAAACUUUGCAGAGAUAGAAGAUUAUGAAUCGGCCAAUAUCAAAAUCGGGUUUUUCCGUGGCGAUCACGGUGACGGGGAACCGUUUGAUGGGGUCCUAGGAGUGUUGGCGCAUGCUUUUUCGCCGGAGAACGGGAGGUUCCACCUUGAUGAAGCUGAAACGUGGGCCGUUGAUUUUGAGAAAGUGAGAUCAAAGACGGCUGUUGACCUGGAAUCAGUGGCGACGCACGAGAUUGGUCACGUACUCGGGUUGGCUCAUAGUUCAGUAACGGAAGCCGUGAUGUACCCGAGCUUGAGACCUCGUAGUAGAAAGGCAGACCUGAAACUUGAUGAUGUGGAAGGCGUCCAGGCUUUGUAUGGGUCAAAUCCGAACUUCAAGUUCAGCUCUUUGUUAGAGUCUGAAAAUUCUUCUAACAAAGGAAAUGUUCUAAAUUGUAUAUCAUCUAAGUGGACAUUUUCUUUGGCAGUGAUAUCUUUUUUUCUUCUUUUGAUGAUUACAUGAGGGGCUUCUUUUUUGAGCUCUUUUAAACUUUUCUUUUUUCCUUUUUUCUAGGAUUAUUUAUGGGUGAUGAAAAAAUUGUUCACACUCACAGAAGAAUUGAAACAAUUCUUUGGUUUUUAAGGGUAUAUAUAUAUAUAUAUAUAUUUGUGAAUUA